AUGUACCUGGAUCACUCAGUUCUUUAUAUUCUUCAUUAACAACUAACAGAUAAUUAAAAUUAGGUAAGAUUUUUACAUAAAUAUCAAAAAGACCAAAAGUUCCUAGAUAUAUUAUGUUAAUUAAUUAAAGAUAACUAGGAUUCAGAUUUAGCUGCUUUUGUAAUUGGAUCAGCUGUUUCUGACUUUUAAUAAAUAAAAAAGUUGAUCGAUUAAAUCCUAAUUAAUAUUAAUUUUAUCAAGCUUCAAAAGAAUUUACUGAAAUAUGUGGUGACAUAUAAGGUGGUUUCUUCAAAUAGAAUUAUCCAUAACUAGAACAACUGUUAUUUUAGAGUAUCUAAAGUACAUCUUAAGCUGUCAGAUAUUCUUGUAUUCAAAGUCUGA